ACGAUACCGUCGCGGAAUUGUGACGUUCUGAUGACACUGCCAGACACGACGAACGAUGACGUCAUAAUGUGGCUGGUGACGCGACUGCGGGCGCGUGUUCCUGAGCUGGUGCUGCACCUGAGGCACCACAACAAGAUGAACGAGUUUGGCUUCUACCUGACAGCCACUAACGAGAAUUUAUUGAAAGGAGCCGACGAACUUGCUAUCAAGAAGCCCGUGAAGUCGGAGUUCGGCGGCGGAUUCAAGGAGUUUGUAUACGAUGACAGAGAAUUUUUCGAAGGAGCUCUCGAUAACGUUCGCUGCUUCCUAAACAGUGAAGAGAGGCAGAGUAUAAUCAGACACCUGCUGAUGAACCUGAGGGCGCAGGAGGGCGACGAAGUGGAGGGCAUCAAAUUUCUUGAAGGCCAAGCCCUA